AUGCUCAUGCUUCCCGAUGACCUAGAAGAAGAAGAACGCUACACCCUGAGCAGUUGGUCGGAGCACGAUUACGGGAGCACUCGCUUCUACAGUCUCAGUGAUGAAGAACGCUACACCCUGAGCAGCAACCAGUGGAAGCUGGGCAAGACUCGCUGCGGUGGAUGGAUACGUGUGAAAUCCCUUAAAACUAUCUUGAUCAAUAAAGCUGUGUUAUCAUCGGAUCUGUGUCGCAACAAGAGCUGCUGCACAUUCGUAGCUGUUGUGUACGAUCAAUCGCGUCUUGUCCUUUUUAGGAUUGGAGACAGUAAAUGGACAGACCUCCAAGCCGCGAAUAAAUUCAGCUUCUUCUACAUGGACGUUAUAUGGUGCCAAGACCAUUUAUGUGCUUUAUCUCGUAAGGCCUCGGUUGAAAUUUGGGAUUUUAGCAGCAGCGCAUCGUCAGUUCCCGUGAAGAAGAUGGAAAUCGAACCUACUUUCUUUGAGACCGAGGUUGAGUUAAAAGAGCUUUCCAGGGAUCUACACACCAAUCAGAGUUACAUUGUUGAAGCAAUGGGAGAGAUUUUGCUUGUUGUCAGGUAUAUCGGACAAUUUGUUCGCAAGGAGGAUCGCGUACCUGUCCCCAAGAAAGAUCGUUCCCUAUAUGGCUGCACAUACAUGACGUUGAAAUUCCGGGUAUUUAAGCUGGAUUUUGCUCGGACGGUGUGGGAGGAGAUAGAGUCCUUGGGUGAUCGCGCGUUGUUUUUGGGUGGAAAUCACUCUUUGUCGCUCUCUACUGCUGGUCAUGGCUCUCCAAGUUGUCGCCAAAACUCAAUCUAUUUCACCGAUGCUAAUUGGUCUGAGAUGGAUUCAUCUCGCUGGGGCUGGGCUGGUGGUCAUGAUAUGGGAGUCUUCAACAUGGAGGAUAAAAGUAUCAAACAGGUGUACAAAACCAAAUCUUCGGUUAUUCAACCACCCCCAUUUUGGGUUGUUCCGGCCAGUCCACGGUAG